AAAUGUCAUCCGCCAUUCCCUCUAUCAUUUGCAACGUCAAUCACAUCGUGUGCCUGUCGUUGCAUUAUUAUUAUUUUAAUCAUUAACCGGAUUUAGUGAACAAAUUUCGAUACAAAAAUCAUUCAAAAUGCCUGAGUUUUCGCUAUUCUCGCUUUUUAGCAAGUAUUUGGAUCCGCAUUUGACGUUUCCACUGCUGGAGUUUAUGGCCGAUAGGAAUAUCUAUCCGAAAGAUCAACUCAACAGAGAAUUCCUGAACAUUGUAAAGAAGACCAAUUUGAUUGAUUACAUCGUUGACAUUCGGAAACGAUUGAACAUGGGUUCCGAAAUACCGGAAGAAUUGAUUCAAAAGCGAGCGCUAGUUUUAGCUACUCUACAAGACUUAAACGUGGAAUCCGAACCAAUCACCAAGGUCAUCGAAUUGAUGAACGACUCCGACAACAUAAAAGAUUCGGCGACGUUUAUCAAUAAAUUGCAAAAGGAAUAUGGUUACACACCAGAGUGGAUAGAUAGUGCGUACAAGAUCGGCAAAUACUUGUACGAUUGUGGUAGAUACGAAUCUUCCAUGUCUUAUUUGUACUUUUGUCUGGUCGUGAUGCAGCAAACCGACAAGAACUACCUCAACGUUUUGUGGGGUCUAUUGGCAGGAGCAAUUCUUACUCUCAAUUGGGAGUCUGCUCUGGAAUACUUGAGUCGAUUACGCGAGUACAUUGACAACAGCAACUUUACAACGGUGCAGGCACUACAACAGCGUACGUGGUUGAUCCACUGGAGCGUUUUCGUUUUCGUCCAUCAUCCAAAGGGACCGGACUGUAUCAUCGAAAUGUGCCUGUACAAACCAUUGUACUUGAACACCAUCCAAACAAUGUGCCCCCACAUUCUCCGUUACCUGUCCGUUGCGGUCAUCAUUACGCCAGGCCGCCGUAAUGCAUUGAAGGAUUUAAUCAAAGUCAUCCAGCAAGAGUCGUACACGUACCGCGAUCCAAUCACUGAAUUUUUGGAACAUCUGUACGUCAACUUUGACUUCGAGGGCGCCCGAUCGAAACUGCAUGAAUGCCAGACGAAAUUGAAUCACGAUUUCUUCUUCUUGCAAUGGUUGCCGGAGUUUAUCGAGAGUGCACGUCUCAUGAUUUUCGAGACGUUCUGUCGCAUUCAUCAGUGUAUCACCAUUGGAAUGUUGGCCGACAAAUUGAACAUGGAACCGAAUGCAGCCGAAUGCUGGAUUGUGAAUUUGAUUCGUAACGCGCGUCUGGACGCUAAAAUCGAUUCGAAAUUGGGUCAUGUCAUAAUGGGCACACAGCCACUUAGCCCGUACCAGCAGUUGAUCGAAAAGAUCGAUUCGUUGUCGGUGAGAUCGGAAGCAUUAACUAGUUUGGUGGAGCGUAAACAUAAAGCGAAAAAUACUGAACACGCCGACAACUGGAAAUACUACAACUAAAGUUCCGGCGAAUUUUCCUUCUGUUCCAAAUUUGUCUCGGAGAUUUGGAUAAACUUGAACUUGAGCGUGCACAUUGUGUCAUUCGAUUUCUGAUGAUGUUUACACAUAUUUCUAUGAAUAAAUAUUACAGACAGAG